AAGCAUUAGCGCAUUAAACAAAGUUCUUUUUAUUAUGCCUGAUUUUAAUCAAAUCGAAAAUAGUAUUUUUAUAACUUUUUCUCAUCUUAUAUAUUUUUCUCUCGUUAUUUCAAACAUUAUUGACAGUUGUAUUUAUAAUUUAUGAUAACUACAUAAUACACACUGUCAAGGGACAAGGGACAAAGUCGCGUGCAGUGUGCAGUCGUGUGUCGUGUCGCGUCUGGUGUCUGGCUGUCUGGUCGCAUCAGUCAUCAGUCGUGUUGUUGCGUUCGUAUGUCUUGUCCUUUCUGAUUCCUUCGUUCGCAUGCAGGAUGAAUAUCCUUUGCGUUAUAUGUCACGACUUUUUACAACCAUCCGAGACAGUCGUUUUCUCUCACUGUGGACAUGUGUUUCAUUUCAGCUGCUUAUCACGAUGGCUUGAAAGAUCGAAAACUUGUCCGCAAUGUCGUGAGAAAGUGACAGAAAAUAGAAUCUAUAAAGCUUAUUUCACGUUUCCGAACAGUGAAACCGUCUUAGAUAAUGGAGACAAUUCGUCUUUCCAAGGAAGGAUCGAUAGUCUGCAAUUUCAAAUUUUACUGAAGGAUAAAAAUAUCAAAUAUCAUAUUUCAAAGAAUGCGACUCUGGAAAAACAAAAUGCUGGCCUUAGGCAGGAAGUACGCAAAGUAGAAAGCGAAAUUAAUCAGAAAAAUUCUGCUAUUCACGCUUUAAAGGAACAAAUAACAUAUUUUAAGGAAAAAUAUGGAAAAUAUAAAGUUCUAGUACAGAAACUUUCUAAAAAAGAAAAGGAAUUGGAACAAUUCCAAUACAUGCGCGAUACGUUUUCAAAGGGCUCAGUAGAAGAUAUUAGAAGAGUGAUUGAGAAAACAAAAGAUCAUGAUACUUUAGUUACUUGCAUUUCUGUUAUGAGAAAGAAGUUUGAAGAACGUUUAGAAUUAUGCGAAAGUGAAAAUUUAUCCUUACGACAUCGAGUUAGUAAACUAGAAAACCUUAACACUCUACCAAGACAAAGCCACGUUAGACAAUCUGGCAAUCAAAGAAACUCUGAUAAAAAUUCUUCCAAUAUCGUACAAAAAGUAGUUGUUUAUGGUCAGACAAACACAAAACGGAAAACAGAAAAUCAAAAUACUUCAUUAUCUCCAAGGAUAAAAACUGACAUUAAGAUGAACCAGGGAGACUUAAGCACUACAACUGAAUGUCCAUCCAUUAUAAAACGAGCGAAACUGCGACCAGCCCAGAGUUGUGAGAAAGGUCCUCUUGGUCUGAGUCUGCAAGGCACCAGGACACAUUCACAGGGGGUGCAUCACACACAUUCCACAACACGUCUAAAGUGUCAUUUGUCAAUUGUCUUUAUGUGCUAUAUUGGAAUAUCUAUUUGUCGGCGAUGGAUUCAAUUAUAAAAGAAAAUAUUUUGAUUAUCAUAGGAAUCUGGCGUGUAGUGUAGUCCGUGUGCUAUUCACUAGGCUAAUAUUGACUAACUCUAUUCUAAAAAGAAAAUAAAUGAAAACGAAUAGAAGUGGCAAACAGGCAAAUAUACAGACUAUUUUUCAAUCAUUCGGCCUAACUUUAGCACUUGAUCUCAUUGACAGAAAUAAUGAGAAAGGCUGGUAUACAAGAUUUGCAUCUGAAAACGAUAUGUUUAUGAUACGUAUUCAUCUAAAUCUUUCUCGUUAUUUCCGUUAGUAGAAUCCGGCUAAGUUAUACCAAAUAUUUUAGAAACAAACUGUAUAGAAGAAAUAUACAGUAUCCCAGAACUAUAUAUAUCGUAUUUUCUCUCUCUUUUUCGAUCAUGAAAUUAGAUUUCGAAUUAAGAAAAGAAGCGUUUUUUAUUAAAGACUUGAAGAUUGAAUCAACAAUUUCUGAAAUAUGUAUAAUUGAAAUUAAACUUUAAAUAUGCAAAUAGAUAAUAAAAUCUUGUAAUGAUUUUUAUUUUUACGAAAAUAAAAGAAAAAUAGAUAAUAAUAGAAGAUACAAAUAAAAUAAAAUUAGAUAUAUUUUGUCAAACAUUUAUUUAGUUAAGAGAAAAUGUAAAAUAGUUUUGAGAAAGACCGUAUAGAUUUUGUAUUUACAUAUGUAUGUAUUUACAUAUUCAGAAAUAUAUAAAAGAGAUCUAUAUAUGUUUCUUAUAAAUGUGAUAUAAUUAUUAUCGAAUUAUUUUGAUUGAAUUAAAAAAAGUUCUGUUAAAAAAUAAUUGUGUAUAAUGCAAGAGGCACUGUGAAACUGAGUUCGGAGAAGUCACUUAUUUCGCAAAAAAUUUUAUAGUAAUUGGAGCGAGAUAACAAAUUCGCGUGUCGAUUGCUGUUCGUCUUCCUACGAGAUUGAUUGUUAUACUUACGCGACACUCUCUUCGAAUAUGAACAUAUGUACAUAAAUAAAUAGGUGCUUUCAAGUUUUCUUCAAUUCAAGUAUGUCCAAUGGAAUAUCUUACGUGUAGAUAAUAUCUGUGCGGACGAUUCAGAGAUCGUUUACGAAUAGCGAGACUAGAAAUAUAUAGAUAGAGAGUAGCAUUUUUCAUGCUAUAUGAUAUGAUUCCAACGAGAUGAGAGAAUAUAAAUGCGCGACGUGGCAUGCCUGUUUACAUUCAGUUCUGCGAUGGUCAAAAAUAUGUUAACGAUAAAUGUUAACAACAAAUGGAUUGAGAGAAUAAAUUCUGCAUCAUUUUUUGCGAUUUUAAAUCGAGUCAAAGGUAGUAAAAAGUAUAUGUAUCAUACAUACUGUGCGAGAAGUUUGCAUCCCGGUUUAAAAAUUAUAUUCCUUUUUGGACAAGUUUAAAAUAACUAUGCAGAAAAAAAUUUCUUUUAAAAUGGCAUGUAUGAAAAAUAUGCAAUAAUUAAUAUAUACAUCUAUAAUGUGGUAAUAGUAAGAGUAGUAAUAAAAGUAGCAGGAGUAAAAAAUAGUAGCAAUAAUAGUAAUAAUAAUAGAUAUGGUUUUGUUAUAAAAUGCUAUGCACGAUAAUACGGUGAAUGCAAAUCAGUUUAUCUAUUGCUCACCUCGCUUCCGAUCGAACAAUCGAAAUCGACAUAAUUAUGGCUCCCUUGACGAAAUCGCUCAAUAUUCGUAUUACUAACAUGCUACCAGCUAAAACACGGCGAUAGUUGCUAAUAGAUACUUCGUAGCUAAGCUUGCAGUAUUAAACUGAUCUGUUUAAUUCACGAGACACCAACUCUAUAUUGCCUCUUAAAAAUUACCUUCUGUCUGAGAUAAUGUAAAACCUAUAUUUCUGCGCUAUUAAUAUAUCAACUAAGGAUUUAUUACACUGUGACAUAAAAUAA